UUGCUUCUGGGUCCUGGCCGGCAGGCAGGGGCGGGGGCCGGCCUGCGUCAGCGCCCGCCCGGCACCCGCCCGCCCAAACUCCACCCCGAGGGAAGGCGGCGCGGAUAAAGGCUCGGGGGCCGCCCGCUCGGCCCCAGACCAGCCCCGCCACCGCGCUUUGCCCUUACGUGGGUACACUCUGGACUCGGGCUGACCUCGUACUGGACGCUCCCGAUCCUCUGAGCAGCGGCGGCGGCGGCGGCGGCGGCGGCGGCUGUGGCUGUUGCUAAGGGAGGGGACGCGCCCGGAAGCGCGGCCCGAGCGGCAGACGGCACCGAGCACGGACGGACGGUCGAGCGGCGCCCCUCCUUUGGGACCCUCCCCUGCGCCUCGCCGCGGUCGCCGCCCGCCGCCCUUUAAAGGCGCCGCCAGUGCCGCCCCCACUCCUGGAAGGGCCCCCCACCCCCCCGACGAGCCGAAGCGACCCCGGAGCUCCACUCGGAUUUUUGAUUCCUGAUUUCACCUUCCACUUUUGGGACCUUCUCUGAGGAGGGACGCGCGCAGCCCGCACCCCACCACCACCCCGCACCUAGCCGCGCCCAGGGUCGUCGCCCCCCACCUCCGGAGGACCGCAUUUCGGGAACCCCCGCCUCUGCCCGGAGGCGCGGUGAGGAUUGGCGGCGCCCCGCGGACCCCAGCACCCCAGCGCGGGCCGGGGAUGGAGCCGCAGCCCGGCGGCGCCCGGAGCUGCCGGCGUGGGGCCCCCGGCGGCGCCUGCGAGUUAGGCCGGGCGGUCGAGGGGGCGCCCAUCAACCUGGCCAUCCACAGCACCACGGGCACCCGCUACGAGCUGUCGGUGCCCCCCGACGAAACGGUGGAGGGGCUGCGCAAACGGCUGUCCCAGCGCCUCAAAGUGCCCAAGGAGCGCCUGGCCCUGCUCCACAAAGACACCCGGCUCAGUUCGGGGACGCUGCAGGAGUUCGGCGUGGGGGAUGGGAGCAAGCUGACGCUGGUGCCCACCGUGGAGGCGGGCCUCAUGUCUCAGGCCUCCAGGCCCGAACAGUCAGUCAUGCAGGCUUUGGAGAGCCUCACGGAGACCCAGCCCCCAGCGAUGCCCGGGCCGGCCCGGGCUGGCAGAGGCAGCUUCCGGAAAUACCGAUUCCUUUUAUUUAAGCAUCCAUGGCGCCAACAGGGAGCCCAGAGCCCAGAGAGGGGCGGCGAGAGGCCCCAGGUCAGUGAUUUCCUGUCUGGCCGCUCGCCGCUGACCCUGGCCCUGCGCGUGGGGGACCACAUGAUGUUCGUCCAGCUCCAGCUGGCGGCCCAGCACGCCCCCAUGCAGCACCGCCACGUCCUGGCCGCCGCCGCCGCCGCCGCCCGCGGGGACCCCAGCGUGACGGCCACCCCCGUGUCCUCCCCCUGCCGGCCCAUGUCCAGCGCUGCCCGUGUCCCCCCGGUGCCCACCAGCCCCGCCUCUGCUUCCCCCUCGCCUGUCACAGCUGGUACCUUUCGGUCCCACUCAGCCCCAGCCACCUGCACCGAGAUGGAGUGUGCGUCUCCUGCCAGCCCUGGUGCCAGCCCGGCCGCCAGCCCCGGGAGCAGCGCCGGCCCCCGCUCCCGCAAACCCGGCGCGGUGAUCGAGAGCUUCGUCAACCACGCACCGGGGGUCUUCUCAGGAACAUUCUCCGGCACACUGCACCCCAACUGCCAGGACAGCAGCGGGCGGCCCCGGCGGGACAUCGGUACCAUCCUGCAGAUUCUCAAUGACCUGCUGAGCGCCACGCGGCACUACCAGGGCAUGCCCCCGUCCCUGACCCAGCUGCGCUGCCACGCGCAGUGCGCGCCCGCCUCGCCCGCCCCGGACCUCACCCCCAAAACUACCUCCUGCGAGAAGCUGGCAACCGCCGCCGCAGCCCCAGCCUCACUGAGCCAAGUCCGCAUGUGCAAGCCCCCGGGGGACCGGCUACGGCAGACGGAAAACCGAGCCACGCGCUGCAAAGUGGAGCGGCUGCAGCUGCUGCUGCAGCAGAAGCGCCUGCGCAGGAAGGCGCGCCGGGACGCCCGCGGCCCCUACCACUGGCCCCCCAGCCGCAAGACGGGUCGCAGCGACAGCAGCAGCAGCGGGGCCGGCGCCAGCCCCAGCGAGGCGGCUGGCCUGGGCCUCGACUUUGAGGACUCCGUUUGGAAGCCAGAAGUCAACCCCGACAUCAAGUCCGGAUUCGUGGUGGCCUAGGGACGCGCCCUGGCCCCUGCCCAGCCGGGUCCUCGGGGUGUGGGUUGAGUCUCUUUUUUUUUGUUUUUGUUUUGUUUUGUUUUUUAAAUUUCAAUUCUCACCAUGAUUUUCUGGACUCUCUGGAUGGACUUGGGUUCCUGCCUCCAGCCUCAGCUCAGUUACGCCCGUUUCUUCCCGCCCUCCGCGUGCCCGGUGGCCGGUUUCCGUGUCGUGUCCCCCGCACCUCCCCCCCCCCCCCCGCCUCGCUGUCUGUCCAUCCCCUCGUGCCCGCCCGUCGCCGCGGUUCCCCCCAACUUCCCCAGCUCCCAAUAUGUAGCAGACUUUCCAGAUGGAGGAGAGCUGGAGACACAGGCACACCCCCCACAUCCCCUCUGCCCCGCCCCCACUUCCCGCCCUCUUCCCCUCUAAGUCAAAAAAAAAAAGUGAAAAUCCUCAUUAUGCACUUUACAGAUGAGGGGGACCAUGGAGAGAGGGCGCGCCCCCUCCCCCCACUGGGCCCCCCCCGCUGGGCUGGCCUCUCCACAUCUGUCCUGAUGCCCCCCACCCACUCCCUUUUUUGUUCUUUUCUUCUCCCACCCCCAGUGGGGUUUUUUGGUCUUUUUUUUUUUCCCCCAACUCCUGGAAUAAUAACCAAGGCGAUUCCGGGGAGAGGCCAUCAGGACCCACCUCGGGGUUUGGCUGGGGGUUAAGGAGAGGGGACAGUCCCUGUCACUGCCACCACCAGGCUUGGGUCACCACCACGCACUGUGUGAUCUCCACCACCUCCCUCCCAACCCCCCUUCUUUCUUUCUUUCUUUCUUUCUUUCUUUCUUUCUUUCUUUCUUUCUUUCUUUCUUUCUUUCUUUCUUUCUUUCUUUCUUUCUUUCUUUCUUUUUCUUUCUUUCUUUUUUUUUUUUUUUUUCUGAGCUUGGGGUAUUUAUAGACUAUUCAUUUCUGACUGAGCCAAUAGUUGCUUGGGAAUCCUUGAAAAACCAGGAGAGGCAUGGCUGUGGGGGAGCGGACGAGGGCAGGCAAGGACCCCCCCACACACACACACCUCAGCUGUUCAUUCCAUCCCAGCCAGAGAGAUCUGGGAAUGGACUCUAGUUGGCCGGGAGGGGGGGGUCUCCUCUGGCCCUCACUUUGGGGAGGGGGGUGCUGAGCUGUGAAUCCCCUGGCACAGGGUAAGCUGUGUAGCAUUAACCCCCCGGGGGGGGGGAAAUCGCUGCUGGUCUAAUUUGGACCCUCCCCACCCUAGCCCAUGCCCCCCCAGUCCCAUGGGGGCUAAAACUAGACACCCCCCCCCAACAAGGGGCCUUUCCAUAGGGUUAGUGUUUUUCAAUUCACUUUUUUUUUUUUUACUUAUAAUGGAGAUGUUGGGGUCCUUCCCUCCCCACCUGUCAGUCUUGUCCUGACACCCUCACCCCGUCUUUGUCCUGCAAUUUGUUCGCCUGCCUGCCCCCCCACCCCCCUCCCUUCCUCCUUCUAUGGCCCCCGUAGGUGCACCCCUCCUUCCCCCCCCCAUUAUGUGUUAAUGGUUUCAGAUGUGAACAUCAUGUGUUAACUGUA